UGUUAUUGUAAUAUUAUGACUACACAAAUGUUUAAAAAAACUCUAUUGGAUUUUAAAUACAACAAUAAUAAUUUUAUUCAAUGUUUUCGUUCUAUUUAUUAUGUUUCCGAUGUGCAUCUAUCUAAAAAAUUUUUUUACAAUAAUAAAAUAUUAAUAAGCUAUUUUUCAAAUAAACGAAAUUUAUCAAACAUGAAAAAUACUUGUAUGUAUCAGCAAGUACAUCCAGAAAUCCUUAAAAAACCAUUAUUAUGUAAUAAGUAUAUACCACAAACCAUAAGCAUUUCUACUAAUUCUAUCAUUAUUAAUAGUAAUAGAAAGUAUUCAAAUGCAGCUCCUAAAAUUAUAAAUGAAGUUGCUGCAUAUAAUAAUGGAAUUUUUCAAAUGAUUUCUGAAAGCUUACCCGUGGAAUUGAUUACAGAAGUUUUAAGAUUGAUGCAUUAUCAAACAGGUUUACCAUGGUGGGCAAGUAUUAUGCUCACUUCAAUUAUAGCAAGAACAAUUAUAAAUCUGCCAUUAAAUAUACUUGAUGUUCAUACAAAAGCAAAACAAGAAAAUUUGAAAUUUGAAUUGAGGGAAAUUGCAGAGAAAAUACAAAAGAAAGUGCAAAGACAAGCAUUAUCCUUAGAACUAUCUCCAUACCGUGCACAUUAUCUUUUUACACGUGAUUUUAAUAAGGAACAAAAACAAUUAUACAUAAAAAAUAAUUGUCAUCCAUUUAAAAGUGUUGCUAUAAUAUUAUUACAAGCACCAAUAUGGAUAAGUUUUUCGGUUGCAGUAAGAAAUAUAUGUUAUAUGUUGCCUCAAGUAAAUACUGCUACUCUCCAAGACUUUAAGGAAUUGACUACUGGUGGUUUUGGAUGGAUAAAAAAUCUCAUAGAUAUAGAUCAUUAUUUUAUAUUACCUUCUCUAUUUGGACUUUCAAACUUAGCUAUAUUAGAGAUAAAUCAAGUAUUAUUUCACGUAAAAGAUUCAAAGUUUAGUAGAAUUUAUAAGAAUUUCUGUAGAGUACUUAUAAUUGGUUUUGUACCAUUAAUGGCAUGUUUGCCAUCGUGUUUAUCAUUGUUUUGGGUCACCAAUAAUUGCUGUGCAAUAGUAUAUAAUCUAUUGCUUCUAUCUCCAAAAGUUCGUCGAUUAGGAAAAAUACCUAAAACCGAUUCUGAACUCAGGCGUCCAUAUACGGAAUUGUACAAACGAUUAUUAGAGAAAUUAUAUUUAAAGAAAUUUUUAGCGUAACCAUAAUUAUAUGUUGCUAAUGUAAUAUAGAAAUAAAACUGAACAUUUCUUUCUUCUCA